UUUUCGAUUUAACUUCUCAGGCAAAAACGGGUUAAGAUGUUUGUUAUACGGAUGUUACUGUGAGUACGGCGGUAAUCGUAAAUAUUUGAAUGCAUGUGCAGAAAAAAGAUAAUGUGUUCCCAGUGUAGUAUGCUGCGGUUUAGUGGUGUGAGAUCUUCAAGUGCUUCCAUUUAACAAAAAAACAUACAAAACUUUUGUCAGUGAAAACAUGAAUCCGUUUGUAGUGCGCCAAGCAUCGGCUUUACGUAGAUUGUGGCAUGGAAUCGUGCCUAUUUAUGUCAAGCAGGAAUGUGUAUGUUGUGUUAAAAUUUAUAGCGUGAGCAGCGCAUCAUUAUAUAGUACAGACAUGAAAACAUUAAGUGCAACUGGUUCUCCAGAUAUACAAAAGAAAGAAAAAAUCAGCAAAGCUAUGAAAGCAUACUUGGAAAGGGCUCGAAAACAUGAUGAGUUCAUGAAACAACAAGAACACGAAUUUAAAUUAGGUAAACGGCAUUUGGCUAACAUGAUGGGCGAAGAUCCGGAUACAUUUACACAAGAGGACAUUGAUAAUGCUAUUCAGUAUCUAUUUCCAUCAGGAUUAUUCGACCGAAAAGCAAGACCCAUUAUGAAACCUCCAGAAGAAGUUUUUCCUCAGAAAAAAGCAGCGGAGUUUGACGAAACUGGGCGCCCCUAUCACUUUCUGUUCUAUACUGGAAAGCCAAAUUAUUUUGGUUUGCUCCACGAUAUUGUAAGCAAUCUGGGUUACUUGAAUAAACACGAGGACAGGAUGAUACGUAAACAUCUUAAACCAGAAAGUGAUCAAGCUUUGGACGUUACAGGAACAGAGUGGCUGCCGAAAGAGAGCCUAGAAAAAUUGCUUGUUGAACGUUUACACGACACAGAAUAUAACAGUUUAUUACUUGCAAUGGAUAGACUAUUAAAACAUCCAUACUCGUUUCUAAAAAAGGACUUUAUUUUCCAGUAUCGAAAACCAUUGAUAAUGCAGACAAGGAAUUAUGAAAUACCGAAACCCGAAUUAGGUGAAGAUGGAAAGCAGUUUGUAACUGUUAAACAGUGCUUACGCAAAUCUGCAAGAGGUGAAGUCACGAUAAGAUAUCCAGGUGAAGGGAAGUUUCAGGUGAAUGGUUGCGAUAUUAAUUAUUUCAGACUGACCCAAGAACGCGAACAGCUUCUUUUCCCCCUUAUUUUCACUGGAAUGCUUAAUAAAGUGGACGUAGAAGCUGUUGUAACUGGAGGAGGACCUUCUGGACAGGCAGGAGCAAUAAGGUGGGGCAUAGCAUGGGGGUUACGCAGUUUUGUAGACGAAGAAAUGCUAGAAAAAAUGCGUUUAGCUGGACUGUUAACAAGGGACUACAGGCGUCGUGAAAGGAAGAAACCUGGCCAAGAAAAGGCUAGGAAAAAAUUUACAUGGAAGAAGAGAUGAAUAAAAUUUCAAUUUGUGUGCACUUACUUAUUUUCAGAUUAUUUGUGUGUGACAACCAUACAUAAAGUUUAUGAAAUGAUAUAAAUAGAAUAGAUUGUAAUAAAGCACUGUUGGUCACAAUUAUCACUGCAAUUGAA